CUAUAUUUUAUUUUAACAGGGUAAUAAUUAUUUUAAACAAGGAAAUUAUGAUGCUGCGAUAGAAUGUUACACAAGAGGAAUGAAUGCAGAUCCAUAUAAUCCAACUUUGCCAACAAACAGAUCAUCUGCUUUUUUCCGACUGAAAAAGUAUUCUGUGGCUGAAUCUGAUUGUAACUUAGCGCUUGCUCUAAAUAAAAAUCAUACAAAAGCUUAUGCCAGAAGAGGAGCAGCACGCUUUGCUUUGAAAAAAUUUGAAGGUGCCAAAGAAGAUUAUGAAAAGGUUUUGGAAUUGGAUCCAAACAACUUUGAAGCAAAAAGUGAACUUAGGAAAAUUGAACAGGUUCUUGCAUUGAAAGAAAAUUCCCAGCCUGAAGGAGAAGAUGCCAAUAAGACUCUGGAUGUUGCAAAAGAGGAAGUGAAACAGAUAGAAGAAGAGCAACUUAAGCAAAAGGCUAUAUCAGAAAAAGAUUUGGGUAAUGGAUAUUUCAAAGAGGGCAAAUAUGAAGCAGCAAUAGAAUGCUACACACGUGGAAUAGCAGCAGAUGGCACCAAUGCCCUUCUUCCAGCAAACAGAGCUAUGGCCUAUCUGAAAAUACAAAAAUACAAAGAGGCGGAAGAAGAUUGCACUAAAGCUGUAUUACUAGAUUCUUCAUACUCUAAAGUUUAUGCCAGAAGAGGGACUGCUAGAACUGCACUGGGAAAGCUGAAAGAAGCAAUGCAAGAUUUUGAGACAGUAUUGAACCUGGAACCUGGUAAUAAGCAAGCAAUAAAUGAAAUAAUGAAACUGAAGAAUGAAUUAAUUGGAAAAGGACUAUGGACAGACAUGGAGCAUCCUAGACUAUCAGAGAAUGAAGCAGAAAUACAAAAUCAAGUAAAACCUAUUGACAAGCCCCUACAUCUUAGAUCAGCAAAACCCUUGAGAAGAAUAAUCAUUGAAGAAGUUGGUAAUGAGAUGCUGAGCACAAAUGUAGGGGUUACUGUUGGUCUAGAGCCUACUCAGCCUGAUUUUUCAAGUACAACAGAAACACAGGCUUUUGUGUCUGCAAAGAAUCUAAGUAAGAAUGACUUCUCUUCUCCAACUGAUACUCCUAAAGCAAAGCUGUUGAAAAUAGAAGAAAUAGGUGAUUCUAUAUCCAUGGAACCUCUUACUAAAAGUAUAAUGAAACAAAAAUCAAACCCACAGCCUUAUUCUAUGAAAAAACAAACAGAAAUGGAAAACCAAACGCUCCCUCCUGUAUUUGCAUGCCCUGUGCCUUCAGUUCCUGUGAAUUCUUUCCAACUUGAAUCAGAUUUCAGAAAAUUAAAAGAAUACCCUGAUCAAUUAUACUCGUAUUUAAAGCAAAUUGAUCCUUCACAGUAUCCUAAUCUAUUCCAAAAGUCAUUGGAACCAGAUGUAUUUAGCCAAAUUCUGAAAAUUCUAGAAGAUUUUUAUAUUGGGAAAGAGGAUCCUUCACUUAUCUUAAAUAUUCUGCAAAAACUGUCAGAAUCAAAAAGAUUUGAUAUGGCAGUAAUGUUUAUGUCAGAUUCAGAGAAAAAAACUGUACGUUCAUUAUUUGAUCAUUUGGAACAAUCAGGACUGGAAGGUUCUUCCAUUGAACAACUCAAUAAAAGAUACAGAGUUUGAGACAAAUUGCUUUGUGUAUUUCUACAUACAAACACAGCUGACUGUGCACCUUUCUGGAAAAGCGCUGGUUCCUUAAAAUGAAAGUCAUGACCAGAAGAAUCCAAACUGCCUGCCACUUGUGCAGAUGGGAGAGUUUACUUAUCCACCUCCUUCCCCCUUCUUCCAAAUACUUCAUUGUGUGCCAUUUUAGAAAGUCCCUACAUUUACAAUAGUGGCUCCUUGGCACAAAAGAAGAGGAAAGGAACAUGCUGUUUUGUGCAUGUUGUUCCAUGCACGGUUCUUUGGAUCAAAGCCCAUGAAGACAUGUAAAUAAUUUAAGUGGGACAUAUGAUGAUCUUUCCAUUUAGCAAGAUACUUUAUGGGAUUUAGCAGGGCAGAACUUGGUUUAAACAGUUUUCACCCCUUCGGUCAUGUAGAAUUAAGGCUGACAAUGAUGUUUUAAAAUAUUGUUUGAACUUUACUUGUGUUUAUUAAUUGCCUGUUACAUAUUAUUCUACAUUUUUGUUCUUAUAAAUAAAUUCACAAUUGUAUAAUU